CACCAUCCACAUUCGCCAACCCACGAUCACGAAUCCGUUGCUCGGCAAAUAAGACGCGAUGGGUCACUCCUACGGAAAGAGAGCGGGCACCCGCUAUGCCUUCAGCAGGAACUUCCGCCAGAAGGGCAUGAUCGCCCUGAACACGUACCUGAAGCAGUACCGUGUUGGCGACAUUGUUGACAUCAAGGUCAACGGUGCGGUCCAGAAGGGCAUGCCCUACAAGGUCUACCACGGCAAGACCGGCGUCAUCUACAAUGUCACCAAGUCGGCUGUUGGUGUCAUCAUCUACAAGAAGGUCUGGCACCGAUACAUCGAGAAGCGAAUCAACGUCCGAAUCGAGCACAUCCAGCCCUCCCGAUCUCGCGAGGACUUCCUCAAGCGCGUCAAGACCAACGCCGAGGCCAAGAAGAAGGCCCGCGCCGAGGGCGUCACCGUCCAGGUCAAGCGUCUGCCUGCUCAGCCCCGUGAGGCCCGAACCGUUUCCCUGACCGACAACCCCCCGGAGACCGUCACUCCUCUGCCUUACGAGACUACGAUUUAAAGGGAGUCCAUUGGCGGGAUGCGGCGGCUUGUUCAUUUUUUUACUUGGGGUGGUGUCUCAGGAUGGGAAAGAAUUCAGCAUGGCAAGGUCUGCAUUUUGAUGUCCAUAGGGAAUGAGACUAAAAGUGACAUCCGCAAGCCAAACUAGCUUGUGUCGGCCGUUCUGGAAGUUGAAUUGACGAUUUGAGCGUGUCCCGUCACCGCCUACCAAGUCACCUCUCCUGCUCCACCGUGGUUGGCGCAUUAAAGAUGCCGCCCUCAUUUUGUCAGCAAUAUCAACUAGGCCUCACCACGUA